AAAAACACUCUUUUCCCACUCUGCGUUUUACUGUUCCUACCAGAUGCAAAAAUGGCGGCGAUUUCCUCCAACUGCUCAAUCCGAGCAGACAAGCCUUCUCUCUCCUCUCCGUUUUCCUAUUUCUCCGGCCGGAGCCUCCUGCGAUCAUCGCCGCUAACUUCCAAGAAAUUAUCCGGCAUUUCAUUGUCUUCUCCGGUUCUCCGUCGCCGAAUCUCGUCCCAGACCUCCUCUGCUACCUCACCUUCAUCAUCCGUUAACGGAAAAGCAAAGUCUGAGCCGAAGGAUUUUCUGCACAUUAGCGAUUUUGAUAAAGCCACUAUUUUGAAGAUGUUAGACCGAGCUGCUGAGGUUAAGGCACUGCUAAAAUCAGGAGAGAAUACAUAUCUUCCGUUCAAGGGCAAGACAAUGGCUAUGAUCUUUGCAAAACCCUCCAUGAGAACGCGCGUAUCGUUUGAGACUGGAUUUUUCUUGCUAGGAGGUCACGCUAUAUAUUUAGGACCAGAUGAUAUACAAAUGGGCAAGCGGGAGGAAACUCGUGACGUUGCCCGUGUCUUGUCUUGUUAUAAUGACAUUAUAAUGGCCCGUGUCUUUGCUCAUCAGGACAUUCUUGAUUUGGCCAAAUACUCAACUGUACCUGUUGUCAAUGGCCUGACAGACUAUAACCAUCCCUGCCAAAUUAUGGCUGAUGCCCUUACUAUUAUUGAACAUGUUGGUCAGCUAGAAGGAACCAAGGUUGUCUAUGUUGGAGAUGGGAACAACAUUGUGCACUCUUGGCUGUUACUGGCGUCCGUUAUACCUUUUCACUUUGUUUGCGCUUGCCCUAAAGGUUUUGAACCUGAUAAGAACACAGUUGAGAAGGCACAACAGGCUGGCGUGGGCAAAAUUGAGAUUACAAAUGAUCCAAAAGAGGCUGUGAAAGGAGCUGAUGUUGUGUAUUCAGAUGUAUGGGCCAGCAUGGGGCAAAAGGAAGAGGCUGCAUAUCGUCGUCAAGUUUUCCAAGGAUUUCAGGUGGAUGAAAAUCUUAUGAAGUUAGCUGGCCCGAAAGCUUAUUUCAUGCACUGUUUACCGGCAGAAAGAGGAGUUGAAGUGACUGAUGGAGUGAUUGAGGCCCCAAAUUCCAUCGUCUUCCCACAAGCUGAGAACCGCAUGCAUGCACAGAAUGCUAUAAUGCUUCAUCUGCUGGGCUUGCGUUAUUAGAGCUCCACCGAGUUACUAAGGCAGGAACCUUCUACUGAAGGCCCUGAACGCAUAUAAUAAUCAUCUUAAACAUUUGAACUUAAAUUCUAUUUUCGGGUUGAAUAGUUCGUAGAAUUUUGUAUGUUGAUGACGCACUCUUCAACUGUUUUGCGCUAGCUACCUAUGUUGAACGGUUAAUUUUGGUCUGUUGAAAAUUCUUACCCUUUCAGGUUCAAGUUGACAUCGAGAACGAAGCAAUAGGUCCUUUUUAUCGCA